AAAUGAAAUCUCCUUAGUUUAUUUGCCCAUAUAAUUUAUGCUUGCAUUGCAUUUAAGAUGUUUUUUUUUUGCUUUGUUUUACAGACUGUAAGAUGGCACAUUGAACUACAACCAUGGGCAAGUCCAACCCCUUCCCUCAACUAUGAGGCCUCAAGGUUUCUAAAGUACAUUAGCACUUCUCAGAUUUCAUGUGAACACAUGAACACAAACAGCUUGAAAGAGUACUCUGAAACCACAAAAAAGCCCUGGUCAGUCUGUCUUGAUGAGAGGUUUAGCCUCAUCCAUCGAAUCAGAAGCAAGAAAUGCCGUCUCUAUUCACUUGGGUUAGGCAAUGAUGACAACCAGUUUGAGCUCAGCAUGGCCAACAGUGGAUGUGAGGUGCAUCGCUUUGACCCCAGCAUCAAGUCAGCACACAUUCAGGAGGGCCGGCACCUCUGGUACCACCGCCUCUCCAUUGACUGGAGGGAUCCCAACCCAGCCAUUGCAGCUCAUAAACUUCACAGCAGCACUAAGAAGCUGGGCACGGUAUUGAAUGAAUUUGGACACCAGAAGAUUGAUGUCCUCAAGGCAGACGUGGAGAGCGCCGAGUGGAAGAUUUUGGAAAACCUAAUCCUGGAAGAUGUUGUUGAGCAGAUAGGACAGCUGGUCUUUGAGGUGCACAUCCACUGGCCUGGCUUUGAGGUCAGUGGCAAUGACAGCACCGUGGUGCGGUACUGGUACAGUCUGCUCCGAGAGCUGGAGCUGAAGGACUUCAGGCUUUUCCAUACCUACAAAGACUUAUCAAAACCACAGAUGUUUCUGAAAAAGGAAGCCUUCAACGCCAGUAGCUGUUACACACUGAGCUGGGUAAAUACAAGAUGGAAAUAGCAGACAGGAAUUUAUGAUGUGUGAUUGUGAACCAUCUGGCCCCGUAGUGUUGUUGAAGAGGAUUUUGGUGUCACUGGCUAAAGUUGCUAAAUAUGCACACAGUGACUGCUAACAAAAUGAACUGGCUUUUAUAUUUAUAUGUUGUCAAAAGAACUGCCACUAGGAGAAGAUAUAUGGUGCAGAUUUGUACAGCAAUAUAUUUGCCGGAGGGUACAUUGUCCCACAGGACAGAGGUUUCUGCAAAGGUUUGUCUGGGGGAGCUAAGAGUAUGGCUUU